GGGUGUUAACAUUGGUGGCCAGGGGGGGUUAACAUUGGUGGCCAGUGGGACUUACCUGUCAAGUUCGCCGGGCCCUUUCACGCAGUUUCUCCUUAGUGACGUCUUCUUCCUCAGCGGUGGCUUCUUCUUCUCCUUUGGCGGCGGUGGAUCCUCUCUUCAGACGCCGGCGGUGGAUCCUCUCUUCAGACGCCGGCGGUGGAUCCUCUCUUCAGACGCCGGCGGUGGAUCCUCUCUUCAGACGCCGGCGGUGGAUCCUCUUCAGGCGGCGGUGGAUCGUCUUCAGGUGGCAGGCGGCAGAUCCACUCUUCGGACAGCACCUUACAAAUCAAAACUGGGAUAAUAAGAAAAAAAGCUAUGCAACAUACAGAAACAAGUCGAAACAAACGUCCAGAGGGCUCUGCUCGUGAGCGAAGUUCAAGUUCAAUCAAGAAUCGCCUUGCGCGCUGCCAGAAUAUUUCUGGGCUGGGGUUGCUGGAUAGAGAAACUAGCAAGACACUGGGAAUGCUAAGUGCACUAUCCCGAACAAUGAAGCAUGAAGAUGAUGACGAGGACGAUGUGGCUGACAUUUCAGAAGAGCAAAAGCCGGCUCAGCAGAAAGAUACUGGAAACAGUUUUCUUGAUCCAAGCCAGAACUCAUUGGCUACUCAAGCAAGUAAAAGCCAUAAGAAGGCAUUUCUUACCGAUGAGAAUGCUUCAUAUUCAUUCAAUAUGCACAGAAGUUAUAUCUGUGAGCACUGUUACGGGGCCUUUAGGAGUAGCUACCACCUCAAAAGACACCAAUAUAUUCAUACAGGUGAGAGGCCAUAUGAAUGUGACAUGUGUGAAAUGAAGUUCAUUCAGAAGUAUCACCUGGACAGACACAAACGAGUUCAUAGUGGGGAAAAGCCGUACCAGUGUGAGCGAUGCCAGCAGGCCUUCUCACGGACUGACAGACUUCUGAGACACAAAAGGAUGUGCCAAGGGUGCCAGUCUAAAAUUGGGGAGACAGAUUUUAUGUUGUAGUCUGGUAAUUUGUAUGCAUCAUCCUGUAGCUUUGAGACCCAACAUUUCUUAUUCCACUCAGGACAGAAUUAUGAUAAGCUCUGGUGUUUUUGUAACACCACAAAAAUAUAUUGAAGAGGAGUGACUCCUUUACAGAGUGUCUCUGUCCUCUUUAACACAUUUGCUUAUUCUUAUUCAAAGGCAGAAUAAGAAUUUUAACUGCUUGUUACCAUAAAAAAAAGACUGAGUCUUGGACCUUUAUGCACAGUUCCAAGAGUAAUAAAUGUGGCCCUCUAGUGGAGCAGAUGUAUUAUUCCUGGGCCUUGGUGACCGCUGUCUCUUUUAUUUUUAUUGCUGAAACCAUAUCCGUUUUCUAAGUAUCAUUUUUAGAAAAUUUUUGACUGAAAAUCCCUAAUUACAAUGUAAAUCUCUUUAUAUCAUUUGAUUUAUAUAUAUAUUAUAAUGAUCUCAUGAUUGUUUUAAUGGGACCAAUAGUUUUUAUUUUUUUUAUUUUACCAUCUGGUAAUUUGAUUUUCUCUAUUUAGAAUAAGGUCCUUCAGUUCCCUUCAGAUUCUAUUUCGUUUGAAGAUGGUUUCUUCUCCUUUAUUUGUUUUGAAAUUGUGUUAAAUAUUAGCAGGGCAGGAAACGCGCUGAAUCCUCUGAAACAGGGUAGUGACGUUCAUUGAGUUGUUGUCCUUAUUUAUAUUGUGUUAUCUCACGGCACACUGAAAUAUUUCCACAUCCAGUAGUAACCGUUUUUCAUACAAUGCUUAGAAUGAAUAAAUUAGUAUUUUUUUUCAAAAAAAUUUUUAGAGCAGGAGACCUGCAGUCCACUAACAUGGCAAUUUCACCUUGCAAUAAACUUGUUGUAUGGGGUUUAGUAUGGCAUUGACAGUGGUAUCAAUUUUUUUUUUUGUUUGUUUCUUAGGGUUUUUAGUCAGGGAGGUGAAAAAAAUGUGUGUUUUUAAGCCUCUGAUUGUGAGAUGAGAUUUUUCUAAAAUAUUAUUUAUCUUUUUGUUUAGAUGUUCAUUCUUCAGUACGUCAUUCAAACCACUACCUGGUUGCAAGGAUUCUGGGUCUCUAGCAACUAGAUUACCGUUGAACUAGUGAGAUGUAAGAGAAAUAACUAUAAUACAUUUAACAUAGACCUAAAAAAAACAGAUCAGUUGCCAGUUGUCUACAUGACCAAUGUGUAUACAGACCAAUGUGUAUAAACUAGCAAUAUAAAGUAAGGGCUGGAUUAUUACACUAAGAUCGUUAGACCUUGGUGUAUAAAUGGAGGACCUGUGACCUAUAUCAUACUAAAGUCAGCUUUAAGGUAACCUUCAACUUUUAAGGCCCUCUGAUUGACUCUACAUACCAUAACUUGCUAAAUAGAAGCACCCACCCUAAUCUGCCUGUGCCUUCACUAUAAAGGCUGUAUGGUAGCUACACUGCGAGACACAUUAGGGAUACUUACAUAUGUACAUUUAUACAUACAUGUGCGUGAAAUAAAUUUUUCUUGCACAACCACCAAAUAUACAGCGAGCAAAGCAACAAUGUGGAUUCCUCUACGACAAAUAGUUUUAGCUUUAUAAAAGAUGUGAGAGGUUUUUAUUGUUUCAUGUCACUUGAGAGCAUAUUUACCGGAUGUUGAUUUAAUGAUCAUAUUAAAAUGUUGCCGGUGGGCUAAUCAGUAGUGAGACACUGCCAGCCUUCAUUGGGAUGGACUAUAGCUUUAAAGAAACUCUUCUUUGCGUCUGUCAUUUACGCUGCAAUGUGUCUUGGCAAUUUUUUUUUUUUUUUUCUCAAAUACUUUUUUUUUUUUUAAUUGGUCACAACGAAUAGACUCCACUUUUAUGUCAUGAAUAAUAUGGUGCUGUGCCUGGAGUGAGUGUCUUCCAUUACAAAGUAUACCCUCUAUCUGCUGGCUAUAGAAGCAGGGGAGAUGCAGCAGUACAGUACAGGGACAUAGGGAUUGGGCAUCAUGCGUUGGCCAUCUUAUUACAAGUAGUGUGCCACUUUUUCAGCAUGGAGAAUGUUCAUGGGUUAUACUAACAUGAUGCUGUCAUACAAAAAGACUAUGUAAUGUCCCGGAAAAAGGCUGGGUGGCCAUAGAAAUGCUUUGGACAGUGUUUGGCUCCGAAAUCUCCCCCAGUUGUCCAGUGCUUGUAUAGGUGGUGCAACAUUUCAUGAAUCUGUUUAUUUUCACAGAGCCAUUUAUUUGUAGGGUAGGGUCUCAGUGGGAGAUUGUAUGAUGUGAUACAAAGACUUUAUUCAUCGUGUUAAAAUUAUAGGGUAUAUUGGAUAUUUUGAACAUGUCCAUCCUGAAGCUUUUAAACUGUAAUACCUUUUCAGCUGUCAGAAGGAUCCUGGGAAUUGCAGCCCAACAGCUGGAAGGCCAUAUCUUAGAUAUCCUAAUAUAUGUAUCCCACCCCCUUGGAAAUUGGGGUUUAGCCUUUUGCAGGGACCCUUUUCUACCUGGUACAAACGACUGUAUAAUAACUACUGCUAUUAUAAAGGCAAAGUCUUUUCUCUGUAUGUUUAUUUUCACAGUAACCUUUUUAAUGGGUUUGCUUUAACAUUAGACUAGAGGGAGAGCUUUUUAAAUUGUAGAUUUUUUUUUUUUUUUUGUUAACACUGUACAGUCUGUUGUAUCCUUUUCCCCUCCUACUGCCUGGGUGUUUAGAAUAUUUAAAUAAACGUGUUUUUAAUA